GACGAUUCCGGUCGAUGUGUCGAUCCAUCGUCAUCGGCGAGCGACGUUCAAGGGAGGUCACGACUUUUCCGUACCACCCACAAUCGGCAGUCGCAGAUUAGGCUUCUUCGUCGUGCGACCAAAGAGAUUGCGCCUGUCGUAGUACCGGACAUUGCUAUUGGAAAUUUUUUCCGGUGCUGCACCAUGGUCAGCCGUAUCUCUACCAUCUCCCUGUCAGUAGAAAAAGAAAAUCGGAAUGCGUCUACAGAAGAAACUGCAGAUUUUGAAAAAGCGAUGGAAAUAUGUGGAAAUGGAAGGUAUCAGUACACUUUAUUGUUGGUUUGUGGCGUGAUGUUUGUCUGCGUUGGCUGUCAAUAUGGUGCAAACGCGUACAUUUUGCCAUCAGCCGAAUGUGAUCUGAAUAUGAGAUCUGAGGAAAAAGGACUUCUAAACGUCGGCUUUCUUCUAGGUUCAGUAAUCAGCGCACUUUUUUGGGGAGUCUUCGCAGGAGCCUACGGAAGAAGAAAUAUUUUGUUGUUAACUCUCUUUUGCGAUAGUAUCUUAACAUUGAUUGGAAGUUUCUCGCAAAGUUUCAAGCUAUUUCUAGUGUUCAGAGUCGUAAGCGGAUUCUUGAUGGGUGCACCUGGUUCCUUGUUAUUCACGUACCUUGGUGAAUUUUAUGCAGAGAAACACAGAGCGAAAAGCAUUUGUUUUCUGGGCUUUUUCUUCACUUUCGCUUGGUUGAUAUUACCUGGCUUGGCGUGGAUUAUCAUACCGUUGCCGAUAUCCUUCGAAUUCUACGGCAUUUUAUACAAUUCGUGGAGAUUAUUCCUUGGCGUUAUUAGCUUGCCAACUUUUAUUAUAGCGAUAAUAACUCUCAUGUAUCCCGAAAGUCCAAAGUUCUUGGUAUCGCAAGGUAAAACCAACGAGGCUCUCAUGAUUCUUCAAAAGAUUUACACAGUAAAUACCGGACGUGACAAAAGCGAAUUUCCGGUAAAGGAACUCCUUCCUGACACCGAGUUUGAAUUAAAAAAGGAUAAGACAUCAGUUUCCUCGACGGAUACGUUAACGGAAUUGAUAAAAAAUAUUUGGUGGCAAUUGCGUACCAUUGCCUCGCCACCCUUCUUAAAGUACGCUGUUCUCUUGUGGACGAUUUAUUUCACGAACAUGUUUGGGUAUUAUGGCUUUAGUCUUUGGCUGCCAGAAUUGUUCAAUCGCUUCGAAAGCUACUAUCAAUCGCACCCGAAUGUAUCAGUGACAGUCUGUGAGUUGAUAUACAAUACACAGUUAGCGAAUCACAAUCCGAUUCUAGAGGAAGCGUUUGUCCUUUUGGCGAACGAAGCUACAAGGGAAUGCAAACCACACAUAGACGAGCGAGUGUUUAUUAAUUCUCUGACGAUUAAUGCCAUUUGCUUAUUCGGGAAUAUCAUCUCUGGACAUCUGGCAAAUCGAGUUGGUCGUCAAACAAUGCCAGUAGUUACGAUGCUUAUAGCUGGUAUCGCUGGGCUCGGUAUGUACUUCGUCAACUCCUCGUUGCAGCUCCUCAUAACAGCGUGCAUUUUUUCCCUGAUGGCAGCCACAGCAAAUAUUGUGCUUUCCAGCGUGGCAGUCGACGUCUUCCCAACGCAUGUUUCUGCCGUAGCGUUAUGCAUGAUGGCCUGCUUGGGCAGAUGUGGUGCGGUAGUGAGUAAUCUAGCAUUCGGUAUGCUGUUGGAUAUCAGCUGCGAGAUUCCGAUAUUCCUACUGGCCGGUGUCACCAUAUUUGGCGGAUUGCUGUCCUUUUUCAUUCCGAGUAAAGAAAAGAAGUCAGGAAAAGAGGAAUGUUAAACUUGAAGAAAAGUCCAAAGUGUCAAAUAAAGUGUUCCAUGUUACUUUUUUACGCGCU